UGGGUUGCCGUCAAAGAUCUGGCCACUCUUUGUCGUCUUCUGGGUUCACAUGCUUCCAUCCGCAUUUGACAGGAUGAUUUCCCAUUGCUUGCCAGCACCAAGCUUGUUGUCCUCCUCUCUCUCGGAACUGGUGAAAAAAUAAUAUAAAUUCCAGCCGGUGGAGAGUGAGGCUGCUUCUUCCUUCCAAAAUCUUUCCCCAUUCUCGCUUGUGCUUCGAAUUGCUUAUGUGUACUAGCCUCUCAUCCUUGUCCAUUGCAUGAUUCUUCUGAGGGUGUAGGCAUUGACAGUUGGACCUCCCAGUCUACCACUCGGCUUAAAGAUAAAAGGUGAUUGGAUUGAAGUUGACCUCCCCACUUUGACGCUCUUGCCUAAAUAUCUCCUUUGUAUUGCUUACCAAACCGGAUGCUUCUAAAUCUGUGACUGUAGCUCAUGCCGCACUACAGUGCCACUGCCACUGUGCUCUCCCUACUGACCCUACUCUUCUCUGCGGAUUCACUAUCUGAAGAAUCAGCUAGCCAACGCUGCAAGUCCAUGAUUCCUAAUAAGCAUUCUUCCCAAGACACUUAGAUAGCCACUUCACUCGAUUCUCUCAAUCUACCGCACUAUAAGAACCCUCACCCAAGCAAAUCCUCCUGGAAAGCACCACAAACCCAUCUUCCCAAAGCUCCCUCCUCCCAGCUGCAGAUGAAAGGAAAGCCAACUAGAAUGCCAUCCCCAUUUUCCUUCCUCUUCUGGCUCUUUCUCUCUCUCUCCCACGUCUCCUCAGCCUCACAGCAGCAGCAACCCAUAAAGACCAUUGUGGUUUUGGUGCUGGAGAACCGGUCUUUCGACCACAUGCUCGGAUGGAUGAAGAAAGCCAUCAACCCCAUGAUAAAUGGCGUCACGGGAGAUGAGUGCAAUCCUGUCUCCACCAACAACUCAAAGCCCGAGACAAUUUGCUUCACUGACGAUGCUGAAUUCGUGGAUCUUGAUCCGGGGCAUUCCUUUGAGGAUGUGGCUGAACAAGUGUUCGGCUCCGGGGACAUUCCUUCCAUGUCUGGUUUCGUGGAGCAGGCGCUGUCUGUGUCAGAAAACCUCUCCGAGAUUGUCAUGAGAGGAUUCAGCCCGGAAUCAAUCCCGAUAUAUACUGCUCUUGUCAAGGAAUUCGCAGUCUUCGAUAGGUGGUUCUCUUCGAUUCCGGGACCAACGCAACCCAAUAGGCUCUUCGUGUACUCUGCCACUUCUCAUGGAUCAACCAGUCACAUUGUGAGGCAACUAGCUGUAGGGUACCCGCAAAAGACCAUCUUUGAUUCUCUUUAUGAGAAUGGUUUGGACUUUGGCAUCUACUUCCAGAACAUACCCAGCACUCUGUUCUACAGGAAUUUGCGGAAAUUGAAGUACAUCUCCAACUUUCACCUGUAUGAUUUUAAGUUCAAGAGAGACGCCAGAAAUGGCAAAUUGCCCAGCUUGACUGUGAUUGAGCCGAGGUACUUUGAUCUCAAGGGCCUGCCGGCCAACGAUGAUCAUCCGGCACAUGAUGUUGCUAAUGGGCAGAAGCUCGUGAAGGAGGUUUAUGAAACAUUGAGGGCAAGUCCUCAAUGGAAUGAGACCCUUUUGAUCAUCACAUAUGACGAGCAUGGUGGGUUCUAUGACCAUGUCAGAACUCCAUACGUUGACGUUCCUAACCCGGAUGGUAAUAUUGGCCCUGCCCCCUUUUUCUUCAAGUUUGAUCGACUUGGUGUUCGUGUGCCAACCAUUAUGGUCUCUCCUUGGAUUAAAAAAGGAACACUGAUAAGUUCCCCCACAGGACCAGUUCCGAACUCAGAGUACGAGCACUCCUCCAUUCCUGCAACCAUAAAGAAAAUGUUCAACCUCACCUCCAAUUUCUUAACUCACCGAGAUGCAUGGGCCGGGACAUUCGAGCAUAUUGUCGGGGAAUUACAAUCUCCCAGAACCGAUUGCCCAGAGACAUUACCCAAUGUUACACCGCUGAGGAGCUCCGAAGCCAAAGAAAACGGUAGAUUAUCUGAGUUUCAGAGUGAGAUUGUCCAGUUAGCUGCUGUUCUCAAUGGGGACCAUUUCCUAACCAGUUUCCGCGAUGAGAAGAGCAAGGACAUGAGUGUGAAGGAAGCUCAUGAUUACGUGAAAGGUGCUGUUUCCAGGUUCAUUAGAGCAAGCAAAGAGGCUAUCAGAAUGGGUGCCAAUGGAUCUGCUAUUGUUGACAUGCGCUCAUCACUCACUACGAGAUCUUCGAUUCGAAAUUGAUUCAUUUGUUACGUUGUCUCUGUUGGUUAUGGUCAAUGUCCAUGUGUAGAACUGUGAAUUCCUAAGACACUACUAAAGAGAAAUGUUUAACUAGUA